CAGAAGACCCUCCAAUCGUCAAUAAAAAAAGACGGAAAAUAUAUCAAAAUGGCCGACGAAGCCCUCUCCAUCUACGAUGAGAUCGAGAUCGAAGAUAUGACCUUCGAUCCGGCCAUCCAGAUCUACCACUACCCUUGUCCGUGCGGCGACCGGUUCGAGAUUGCGAUCGAUGACCUCCGUGAUGGGGAGGAUAUUGCCGUGUGUCCGAGUUGUAGCUUGAUGAUUCGGGUGAUUUUUGAUGAGUCUGAUCUCCCAGGGAACGACCAGAACGGAGGCGCGGGCGCUGUUGCUGUUCAGGCUUAAGUGCUGCAGAUCACGAUGAAGAAUGAUGACAGAUGAUGGAAUACGAUGGUCGAGGACUCUCGGCUCCAAGAUAUGAAACACCGAUACUCCAGGCCGACGCAGUCUUGUCCGUCACCCAUCGAGAUAGUGAAGCCAGACGUGAUUGCUGGAUCCCCGUCGACUACAUGGGUAAUUGCCUCGCUUACUUCCUUCCUUCGGGAGGGCUUCCCAACGAUGGCGCCUACGUUGGUCGAAGAGAAAAGAUCUUUAUAAAUCACCGUAUACGUACGAUUGGUCAAGGCAGCGGUUCGUCCGCGCCAUGGGUUGUCAACAAAAGGGCAAUGUUUAGCAACUAUUUCUGCAGGACUGGAAUAGGACGGUCACUAGGGAGCAUGGAUGGCUUGGGAUCCAUAUCUCGAUUGAUUAUAUGUAUUGUAUUUGUGGAUUCUACGCAGAGUACUCGCCGCUGAGCUAUCCACA